CGCGAAUCAAGUAUGACCAAAGUAUCGGCAAAAUGAAAUAAUACGAAGAAAAGUAUGGAGCCUAAGUCGAUUUCUCCACGAAAAUAGACUAAAGAACAAGGCUCGAGACAACGAAUACAGGCCAACUUUGAAGGGGAAGAAAAAUCUGAUACAAGAAGCUACGUAUCUCUUCGGAAUCGACGAUAGGAAAAUUCAAUUGUUCCAUCAACGUAUUCGAUACCACGGGUUCCGAGCAAAACGCUUUCUAACGCGAGAAAGAUAACCAAUCGAAUCUACCGAAGGAAAAAAAUGUUUGAAAUUUCAUUCAGCAAUUUUAGUAUACGCGAUCCCAGCCUUUCAUGUUUCUAAAAAUAUAUUUCCUCGGUUAUAACCUGGUGUACUGCUACUGUGCCGUAUGUCACUAAUUUUCUAGCCUUCCGCGUCUUUACACUUUUCAUCGAAUUUUCAAGUUAUCCGAAAGGUAAUCGACUGAAAAUUUGAUCGCGAAAGCUAAACUCGACGCUGUACGGCGACAAAAAGAAUGUACCUAGAAUCGGUAUUGAAGUAGUGCAAAGUACGAUAACGCUUCGACACGGGACCAAAAACCCGUUCCAUGAUAAAUUAACGAAACAGGGAAGAGGCUCGGAGCGUUGUAAAAGGAUCAAAGCUAUUGUUCCGAUGAGGUACCGCUGACAAAGGAGAUAGGGGACGAAAGAAAUCCACUGGCUCCCGGAUUCCGGUAAAUCACGCCUUUAAAUCUCGGAUCAAAGCGACUACUUUAACAUCGAGCUACCUCGUCUCGAUGGAAGAGGAACCUGUCUUUCGAGGAGAAUCGAAUAAUUAACCGAACAAGACGGAUGGUGUCUACCCUUCAGUCCUUUCUGAACGAUUAUCGAUUUAUUACCUCGUUUCGAAUUCUCGACGAUACGGUACCUUCAAGAUUCUUUAAAUACAUUUCAGUGGCCUUCGUUCAUAUUCCAUGCUAAUUUUUAUAGAUGGAAGCAGUCGAUUCUUAUAUUCCCGUAACUCAGAAAGUUCGUUUUUUCGACAGGCAAGCUGAAAAAGUUGAAUGGUUAAGAAUGGGCAGCUGGAACAGGGUGAUUGUAGGGAAAUGUAGAGAAGCGAGUCGAAUUAGGGGCCAUUAUGGGCACGUUUAUUAAUGGUUGUAGGCUUCGUGGGCCGGAUAACGCGAUUCCAUGGAACGCGUCGCGUUAUUCCAGCGGAUUAUCGUGCGACAUUACCGAUCGAGAGUGUCGAUGUCAGGGUAUUCGUCGAACGUUACCGUUCCAUGGGGGGAAAUGCCGUUUAGUUUGAACUCUGGCCCGUUCGCGAGCGAUUCAUCCAUCGCCUCUAACGGACACGGCUAAUUUCACGGUAAUCCAUUUAGAACUGCAUUCGAGGCAGGGCUGUGUUAUUUUCGUCGAUUAAUCGACGUAAAUUGUUCGUUCAGACGGGAGUAGGGAGAUCAACGGACCCUCGUUACGAUUUUCCCUUCCUUUUUUAAGCGCAAUUUAUAUGCACGCUUCAAAAACUUACAAAUUAAUCGAUCAAGAUUAAAUAUUAAUUUCUUUUUCGUCGUGAUCACUCGUGUAUUAGCCGAUAAUUCGUAAGUGGACAAGGAAUUGAGAGAAUUGCUAUAAUCGUUUACAGGAUGCCUAACGAGAACGCGCCAGUGUGCGGGUGCGGAGUGGUCGUGGACCUGCCGAAAUCCCGGAACGGUGGUCUAACCCCGCGAAAGCUGCCGAUCAGGAUACCAAAGUCGAAGGGCAGCAAGUCGGACGGGCGAUCGGCCAAGAAACAAGACGAUGCUCGUUCGAAGAAUAGAAGUUCCGAGACAGGAAGCAGCAGUUCGGUGACGGAACAAGCGAGGCCGGCCACUAAGAGUAGCAAACACGAGAAACGAUUGAAUCAUUCGAGUAGAACCAGAAGCGCCGACAGAGCGGAGUCGCAUUAUACUUAUAUAGAUUCUGGUUCGAGCAUACUUGGCGGUGCAAUUCGUGAAAACGCUAUACCGGAGGCGUUGUACGCCACCAUUCCAGACACGCCGAACGCGAGCGCCAACGAAACCGGAAAUAGUCAAUUAAACGCGCAAAGUAGAUCGCAACCCGUUUACGCCAUUCCUUCUAUGGUAUCGCCACCGCCCACCUACGAUGUUGCGAUCUCGAAAACGUGGCAGUCUGGUUUGCCGCCAACCUACGAAGAAUACUUGUGUCACAAUUACGCCAUGAUAUCUCGAUCUCAUACACCACCACCGCCAUGGUCGGAUUCGACGACGCCUCAGACGCCUCAAACGCCGAGCGGUCAAAUGCGUCGUGAUCUUUUGGCGAGUCAACCUGAACUUCGCGAAUACCUGGCACAGUUGUCGCUCUCUCAAAACAACGAGAGAUCCAUUGGUCAUCAUCAUCAUUAUCAAGGUGCUAUUCUCAGGGACAACAGUAGCAAUUCGAACCAGCAAACGUCGAGGGAGCAGCACCAACAGCAACAGCAAGUUAGAGUACAGCAUCGUUCACGGGCAAUGCCGCCGAGAUCCCAAAGCGAGAGUCGCGUGCAACAACAAAGAAUUUCGACGAUGUACGAGGACGUAGCAUUUUGCAUGGAAACGACGACCGCUUUGCACUCGGCGUUAGAAAAUGGCAUCACCCUGUGCAACUUGAUGUAAGAUCGCCAAAGAAUCGGGAACGAAUUGGACGAAGGAUUCCGGCAGAAUCCAACGGAAAUGGUAUUCUCAAUCUCUCUUUACGCGAGCCAUUCGAAGAGAAUUUCGUUGGGGAUACAACGGAGCCAGUCAAAGUUCCGACGACAAAUCCUCGAUCGACUUCACAUAAUCGAUCCACUACCCUCCUUACUUUUCUUACUUUUUUCUUUCUCUUCUUUUCCUCUCCAUUCGUCGUAUCAGACACGAUUAUCGCGAAUCGAUUCGAUUUAUCGAGCGAAUAAUCUCGAGAGAUCGUCGAUCGAUGGAUCUCCGAUCAUUUUCGUCUCUUCGAACGUUCGAAAUGUUCGAAACUCGUUGCAUGUUCGUCGAGGAAACGUUGUUCGCACAAAUCUUUCGUCGAUCGAACGAGUAGCUGUACACGCGAACGUGCUAUCGCUCGAACGUUACUUUUUAUCGUAAAUGAGUGUAUGUCCGAAGAAGAUAUAUAUAACUAUAACUGUAUAGCCGGGAAAGUGCAAAGAAACAUAAUCCUCGAAGGCUAGAAUCAUUUAUUAUUAUCCUAACACUUUUAUUCUUUAGCUCCUCCUCGGAUAUUAUUUUAUAUCUGGAAGUUAUACACGUUACUACUACGUAACACCGAGAGAUGGUUGCAUUAUUUAAUUACGUAAUAAAAAUGCGCAUACCUUGCAAAUAUAAAAUGGAGUAUCUAAAGUUCGAAACGUUGCGAUAAAAUAAAUGAUCUCGGUCGUACCGGAGAAGAAUUUUUUAUCCUUUUUUCGUUACAUUCUUACUACUUGGAUUUAUUCCAACGAAACGAAUCCAUUGUUUGUUCACACAUUGGUAGAUUGAACUUAUUGGAUCGAGUCAUAAUCAACUUCCGUUGUAAAUACAGGACGCUUACUUCCUCGAAAACAUCAGCAUGGAGCAUUUCUGGUAACAUUUAGCGUAGAUCGAUAGCGACUGCAUGUAAAUUACGAAAAUGUUGGCGGUAGAUUGACAACGAUACGCAAAAUCGGUCGAAUUCGAAACAUCGAUCAUAUUCUACAUUUUCAAGUCGUAAAGAAACAUCUCGCGCGAAUAUGUACAUUUGUAAAAGUCGUAAUAUACUUUCUUACUUUUCGGAUAAAAAUUGAUUCGUAGAUACGCGGGUUUGGCAAGUUGCGGAGAGGAAAAGAUUGUCGAUAAUAACGAGGAAGUUAAUUAUGAUCGAAUUCGAUACAUCGUCGAGAAAUUGUAGAAAAAAUCAGUUAUCCUUCGUCCUCCCUGGCUGGUCCAGGUCUAUUACGCCUAAUUAAAUGUAAAAGAGUCAAACGGAGAACGAUGCGUCUUUUAGCGACAAAUGAUCUAUAGAACGUAUUGGUGUGUUUUGUUCGUUCUCAAUUCGAGUAAUCUAAAGCAAAUAAUCGAGCAAACGUUGCUCGAGCGGAUCGUAGACGCGAAUAAAAUGAUUGCAUUUAGGCCUAAUUUUAGAAGGGUGCUUAACGCUUUCGUUCCUCUUAGCUUAGAAUUUAUAUAGAUUUACGACUUUUUUCUACCUUCGAACACGUGUGUGUGUGUAUAUACAGUGUAUAUACAUACAUACAUAUACUUAUAAUUUGUAUCGUGAUAGCGUAUCUACGUAAGCGUGUAAUUUAACAGCACUGGUAAUUCUAUUGUCUAAUAUUUGCAUUGCAGAUGUAAUUACACACACGUUCGUGUACGGCUGCAGUGAAUUAUUUAUGCUAAUGAGCUUAUAAUUUCGCGCUGGGCAUUUACAUUGCCGUACGAUGGGGUUAUUAUAAAUUUCUCGAUCGAAAUGUUUGUAACCACGGUGCGAAGAAAGAAACGUGGAAGAACGAAAAGAUUGAUUUCUCAUUGCCGAGAUUUUCAUUUUGUAUCGAUAUUAGAAGCCACAUAUUUGAAAUAUGUUCAAGUUCGGAAAACUUUUGAGUUUACUAAUUUCCAAAUGUCUACGUUUCUAAAUCUACAAACUUUUCAAUUUCCAAAUUCCUGCGUCUUCGAAUUCGCUAAAGUUCAUAUUCGUAAUUCGAUAAUACCGUGAAAACGAGAUAAUUCCAGGAACCGAUGAAUCUUGAAAUUUCCAUAUUUCGCAAUUCCAGUAUCCUCCGAUUGGCAUAACUCGAUAUUUGGAAAUUUGGAAAUUUGAAAAUGUUGAAAAUCCCGCAUAAAUCCGAUAACUCAUCAGAAUCCACAGCGUGUAUGCCAAUCACGCCGUUGGACUCCUCGAGGGUUAUACUCGAUCUGCCUAUCGCUAUCGCAAUCAAUUUAAACGAGGCACUGUGUUCAUUAUAAUUGUAUCGACGAACGUGAUUUUCAUUGUUCAAGUUUUCUCAAAUACGAUUCGCUAAUUUUCAUUGGUUCAAGAUUGAAACGAUACGUAGAAUUCGAUGUGUAACGCGAGAAGGUUAUUUUUCUCAUUGGAAAGCGAUGUAAUUGAAUGUAACUUGUCGCACGACAUAAGAAUACUAAUUGGGUGUCUAAGAGAAAGGUAAACAAGAGAACAUAUAAAUUUCUAUAGAGUAUAGCGACAGACACGUUGAUCUUUACUGCCCUGUUGUAUAUACGUGUAAUUAAGUGUAAAACACGGAGGAAAUAUCGGUUAUCGAACGUGUAAUUUCCAAUUCUAUUUCAACAUCAAUAUCAUUUCAUUUAUUGUUCCAUUACGCAACGCCAAUUGUCUAGUUACUUUCACAAAUGUGUUCGAUUUAUUUAACGCGAUAUUAGCAACCAAUAACGUAAAAAACGUUAACUCGUUGACUUCUUCUUCGUACUUUGCAACCGUUCUAGAGUGAAUUUCGUUCACAAAUCGCGCGAAUAUUUUGGUACGCAUAAACGAAAGUAUUCUCGUUAAUUCAGCAAUAAAUUUCACAAACGCCAGUUGUCCAAGGAAAAUAGUAGUACUAACUUAAUUACAAGACUUUUUGUUGGAGAUAAAUGACUAGAAUGAUCACGACGUAGAGAUAAGUGGCGCUUUGUUGUACGAGUUAAUUAAGGGUUAACUUUAUUCAUUAAUCAGAAAGCACACGACACGAAUGCCAGGUAACCGAUUCGAUUAAGAAAUCGAGACAUCUACGCGAACCGAGCAUAAUUGAUCCUUUCGUUGCGACUUGUAAAUUACAGGAUUUAAGUCAAUUAAAUGUAUUCCCGAUUUCUUUUAACAAUUAUUCUUCUUUGGACACCUGUACAAGCAUUUUUCCUUUCACCGAGCGUACAUGAUAAAUACAUUUGAAGAAACAGUUUCGGUAAUAAA